GAAUGACAGGAGGGACUGAGUUGGGUAUUAUUCACCACGCGUUGCGGCUGCGACAACCGUGACCGGGGCGUCAAAAGCUAAUGGUGCCGGCAUGGCCCGGCUUGCAUGGAAGUCUCAUGGCCUCCCAUACCACCGGCACAUCGUCAUUGCCCCUCACAGUCGCUGCGGGACGUUCACCACACAUGGUGGUAUGAGAUACCUAGGACGAAGACUGGUGGGUGUGUGUCCGGUAAUGGCAUCAAACGUGUCUUUGGGAGAGUGGGGGGGAGAAGCCAGGGCCGAUGGCACCGGUGCCGGUUGCACUGCCAUGUUGCCUCAUUACAUGCUGUGUUCCCCUUCGAGUCAAAGAACUACUUGACCCUCGGCCGGUCCACAAGGGAGAAGGCGUUGGUUUCUGGAUCUUUGUUUCACUCCCACGUACCCAAGCACCCGGCGCAACCAUCAGCCGUUGCUUCCAGAUUCCAGAUUCGGCGACUGGAGACUGAGAGAAAGAGAGCCCCACAUUGCAUCAAGGCCCUGGACCAUCGACGCUUGAAGCUCCCUAAGGACGAGCGUCCAAUGUGGGCGUGAGAAAGAGGGACGCCCGUUUGCCAUUCGGCGGUGCAGAAAGGACAGAAAGAAGGUUUGACGUGGUGAGGCUCCAUGUAACGUUCCGUUGUCG